AUGUCGACUCCUUUCGAAUCAGAGAUCCUCGCAGCCAAUGCUAAAUAUGUGAGCACUUACAGACAUAGUGGUCUUGAGUGCCCUCCUCAGAAGAAAGCCGUCCUUGUAACAUGCAUGGAUUGCCGUCUUGACCCCAAGUCAGCCUUGGGUUUCGAGCUUGGUGAGGUAACAACGAUCCGGAAUGCUGGUGCAUCAGGCCAAGAUGCAGCGCGCUCAGCAAUUCUCACCACACACGUCUUGGGUGCUCAGGAGGUUCUUCUCAUCAAGCAUACGCGAUGCGGAUUGUUGGGUGUUCCUCAAGAGGCAGUUCAUGGAAUCAUGAAGAAGAACUUGGGGGUGGAGGAGUCCAAGGACGUGGAUAACUUCGAUGUUCUUACUUUCCAUGAUUUAGAGGCAUCUACCCGGGAAGAAGUGGAAUACCUCCGCAACCACCCUCUUUGGCUGAGCAAGAUUAAAGUGACGGGCUGGAUCCAGGAUACUGAUACUGGCGCUCUGAAGAAGAUUGUGGAGUAG